AUGGGAAUACGUGUCUAUGACAAUAAUGACAACAUGACUGAUUGCAGUGCUGAAUCCAGCUGUUGCAGUUGUACCUGCCCUACCUCAAAUGAACAAGAACAAACACAACACCACCACAACUGUGAUCAUGAUGCUGCUGCCUACAAAGAUAUUGUUGGCAAUUGCAAGGAAAUACAUAUGGAUAUAAAUUCGUGUAAUUUACGCAUUGUUGGCAAUAAUAAUCGCAUUAAAAUAUCCCAGAAUAUGGGUAAUUUAAUUGUUAUUGGCAAUAAUACCCGCCUGAAAAUCCAAACCAAUCAUGGCCAUUUGAAAUAUACCGGAAAUGAUGGUCGUAUACGGCUGGGUAUUGAGUCGUCACAGCAAUAUGUUAAUUACAUCGGUUGUAAUGGUACCUUGAAAAUAGUUAAAUCAAUGAAAUUUGCUAAAAAUAAAACAACACUCAACAAUUGCUGUGGCAACAGCAACAACAGCGGCAGCAAUAGUAGCAGUAAUACCAAAAGUCACAUCAGCUGUUGUUGUAGCAGCAGUGAUGGCGUUAGCAAAAACCAUAAAACUGAAAAUGAUGAUGAUGACAAACAAUAUCUUCAUAGGAAUUUUGAAACGAACAGAAAUUCAUCAGCCACCCCAGCAACAACAACAUCUGCCAAGAAACCCAAAGAAAAAUCCCAUUCGUAUGGUGGUUCCUGUGCCAGCAAUCAAGCCUAUUGGAAUAUGUUGAAUUCGUUGUACGAUGGAAAAAGGAAAAAAUCCCUACCAAAUCUGGAGAAUUUGCAGAAUUUUGAAACAACAACAAAUGACAAAGUAAAUAGCCCCAUGUUAAAUAAACAAAUAAUACAAACUAUUGGUGAUAUUGUUAUUGCAAAUGCCUCAAAUAUAUGUAUAUCACCUCAGGUUAAUAAUACUAUUACAACAAAAGCUCACUAA